GUCAUGCGCAGCUCUCCAGUGACUGUGCCUGAACAUUUGAUGCAUCAGGCGACUGCUCUAAUUGACCCACCCUCCAGGAAGAUCCACCUGAGGGAGUUCGGGCAGGUACAGGGUCAUGUGACCGUGGAAGGAAGGGUCAUUGAAAGUUCAGCUCCCAAAAAAAUUCUGCUGAGGAUGGAGGAAAUCCCGCUAAAGAACAUAAAACUGCAACAGGAGGACACCCAGGUUGAUGUCUCGCUCUGGAGGGAGGCUGCUCUGCUGGAGGUUGACUAUGGGAAGGAAGUUUCCUUGAGCCACCUGGCAGCCAUGAUGGCGGAGGAACUGAAGAAGGAACAGGACACCAGCAGCAGUCACCUGGAAAGGAUGAAGAAGAACCUGAAGGCGUCUGUGAGAGAUCUGCAGCACCGUCUGGAUGAGGCUGAGAAGCUGGCUUUAAAGGGAGGCAAGAAGCAGCUGCAGAAACUAUCACAGUCAUCCUUAUUUGAGACUCCUGGGGCUUCAUUUAUCAACUGUUCGUAA